CGAAGGCGGGUUCUGCCGCUAUUUAAACCUGAAUCCGACAUCUCGCAAGGUUCUGGACUCUUGAUUUCAUGACGCGACUCGUCGGAAGAUGAACUUUCCAUCAUUUCUCCGCGACUCCUCUCUCCUGCACUUGCCCAUUGUUUCUUCUGCGGUGAAUUCUUAAAUGAAGCCCUGUUGCUGCUGAAGAACACACUAAACGAUACUUUUGAUACAGCAGCAAACACCCUGUUUGGACUGUGCCUUUUUGCGAGAAGAUAACCAUUUCUUUUUGUGAAGAAGAUAGAGAAACAGUUCCUAAAGGCCGAUAUGGGCCGCACUUCGCCGCUUAAAGCGGGCGCCAUCAUUGUACUGCCAAUUCUUGUGAUAAUCAUCCCGACAAUCAGUGCAGCACCUGUACAAGAAAAUUCAGUCAGUCAUGAAAAAGGUUGCUUCUACAUGAACAAACAUCAUCCAAGUGGAGAAAAGAUUGAAACGAAUGAACCAUGUCUCAACUGUACGUGCAUAGGUAGCACUCUGAUGUGUUACUUGAGGGUAUGUCCAUUCGUAAAACCUCUGGGAGAAAACUGCGUUUCAGAAAAGCGUGUCGGCGACUGUUGCCCUACGUUUUGGUGUCCUCAAGUAUACCCGCACUCCACGACAGAGAAGCCAGACACUGAGCCCAGAGGUUGUUAUCUGGAUGGAUUGUACUAUGACGAAGGUGCUCGCAUCCCUAUGGAUCCCAUGAAGCCCUGUGAAGUAUGCUACUGCAUAAGAAACACUUCAGUGUGCACCAUGCAACAAUGCGAACUGGAAAUCGACGGAUGCUUCCCACAAUAUAAACCCGGAAGUUGCUGUCCAUCCAGAUAUAAUUGCACGGACCAGGCUGCUACAACUAUUCCUCCUGGAAUUAUGGAACCUGAGGAAUAUGAAGGAUGCAAAGUCAAUGGCGUUAUGUAUAAGGAUGGCGAAUCUGUGCCUUCAAGUGAUAACUGUGAAACUUGUUACUGCAUGAAACAUGAAGUGGUAUGUGCUGUACAAGAAUGCACUGCUCCUGCAGAUAAUUGUGUUGCUGGAGAAAGAGAAGAAGGACAAUGUUGUCCAACAAAAUACGAAUGCCCGCCUACUACUGGAAUAACCGAUUUCUUGACUACAUUUGCUUCAGUCGAAGAUAUCGGUAGAAAUGUAUCCAUAAGUGAAGAUCACACGCCAUUAAUCCCAGAAUUAUCCACUACUGAUUUGGAAAGCAGUCUUAGACCACUAAUUACUAUGCAAGAUGCUGGAAUCAAAGACUUACAUAUAUCUACUGUGCCAACUGACCUGAAAUCAGACAUUUCAAUUACUGGCAAAAUUACAGAAGGCCUAGAGGAGAUUACUACAGCUUCAUUGGAGGCUGAAGUUUCAGAACUGGUAACCGAAACUCAUUCUGCUGAAAAUGCAACAUUCGUCACUUCGGAUCUAGUUUCCCGUCCAAGAGAGCCAAAGAUUACCGAAGUUCCUGAAGAUUUCUUCACGUCUGUAACUGCUCCAAAAGUGACAGGAAAACCUGUAUUCUUCCCUAGUCGACCUAUACCUGGCGAAGGAGUCUGCCGCCACGAAAACAAGACGUACCAAAGCAAAGAGAAAGUACCCUCUUCAGACCCAUGUCGUCUCAAUUGCAUUUGUGUUAAUAGUGUUGUACAGUGCGAACAAGUGGAAUGUGAUUUGACGCCACCCGAGUCUAGAAAUAUUUGUAAAAUAAAGAAACUACCAGAUGAAUGUUGUCCUAAAUACAUUUGUGAUGACACAGAUACAAGUGAAGAACCUACAUUAACUACUGCAACAAUAAAAGAAAUACGACCAGAAAUUUCUGAAGAACCUCUAGAUAUGAAGAAGACAACUCUAGAUAUUUUGGAUACUUCAACAGAUCACAAGAUAUCUCUUGCCGCCGAAGCAGUUACUGAAUCGUUGGGAAUUGAUACAACUACAGUUAAAACUAUGUCUGUUGAAGAUAUUUCUAGAGAGACAGCAGCUAGCAAAGAAACAACGACCGUUUCAACAGCAAGGGUUCCAUUAGUUACAGAAAGUGUGGAAAUCAAAUCCACAGAUCUCACGAAGGACAAGGAAUCAGAAUUACUGACCACAGAAUUACCUAAGGUUCCUACAAGUGUAAGUGAAGAACAGACAAAAGUAACGGUCGUUGAAACCGUGUCUGACACCACAGUCACAGUUCCUAUAAAAGAAGACACCGGUGAGACAGAAGCAGAGGCUGAAAUCGAUGACAAAAAAAAAACAACUACUCCGAUUGAUGAAAUGGAAAUAACAGAAGCUACCAAGAAACAAUUAACAGUUACUCCAAGUGGUGAAAAGGAAAUAACAGAAAAAACAGAAGCUGAGAAAACGGAACCAUCAAUUUCAAGUAAAGAAUACACUGAAAUUAGUGAGAAGCCUGUUUCAGUAACAUCUGUUGGUUUAGAGAGGACUACACAACAGGCUGGUAUGGAACAAGCUGAUGAAAUGUCGACAACAUCUCCAAAAGAUUUCGAAUACAUCACCACGACUAGCAAACCUGCAUUUACGAUUUCAAGUACUACUGAAGAAAUAACAAUGAAAGAAACUGGAAAAACUACUGUUGCAGGAGAUGAACUUACAGAAGCAACAGAGAAAGCAGUGACGUUGACUACUGCUGUUGAAGAGAAGGUCACACAAGAGAUUGAAAUCGAAAAAGAAAUUAAAACAUCCGCUACUCCCAUGAAAGAAACGGAAUUCACGGCAACAACAACCAAAUCUGCGCCAUCUAUUCCAAGUGUUACACAUGGAAUUACAGAAAAGGAAGGAAUUGAAGUUACUGGUACAGAAUUUACUAAAACAUCCGAGAAAGACGUGCCUCUGACGUCUGUAGCUGUCGAGAAAACCACACAGGAGGUUAAAAUUGAGAAAGCAGGUUCAACAACUGUUAUUCCCGUCAAAGAAUUUGAAGUAACUUCGACGACCGUUGAAUCUACACCUUCUACUCGAAGUGAUGCAAAAGAAAUUACAGAACUAGUAGAAGCUGAAAUAACUACUGUUCCAGUAAAAGAUAUUACUGGAAUAACAGAGAAAGCUGUUUCAUUAACUUCUAUUGGUGUAGAAAAGACAACUCUAGAAGUUGAGACCGAGACAGCAUUUGAAACAUCGUUUACUCCUAUCAAAGAAUUUGAAUCAACCACAACACCUAGCAAACCUGUAUCGUCCACUCCAAGUCGCAUUACAGAACUAACAGAGAAGGCAGAAGAGGAAAUAACCACUCCUCCAGGUAAAGGUGUUACUGAUGCAACCGAGAAAGCUAUUUCAUCAAUUACUUUGGGUGUAGAAAAGACAACUGAAGAGACUGAGAUAACGACAACAACUGAAACUCCUGUUACACUCAUCAAAGAAUCGGAGCUCACUACAACCUCCGCCGAACCUGUAUCAUCCACUUCAGAUCAUGUAAUAACAGAGAAGGCCAUGGAAAUAACAGAGAAGACUGAAGCUGAAAUAACUACUGUUCCAUCUAAAGAUGUAACUGAAACAACAGAGAAAGCUAUAUCACUGACUUCUAUUAGUGCAGAAAAGACCACACUAGACACUGAAAAGGUUAAAAUAAGUGAAACAUCGGUUACUCCCACUAAGGAAUUGGAAUUUAAGGCAACGACAGAAAAGCCGACAACUCCAAGUGUUGUAUAUGAAGUUACAGAAAAGGAAGGAAUCGAGGUUACUCAUGCAGAUAUAGAACUUACCGAAUCACCUGAAAAAGCUGUAUCUCUGGCAUCUACACCUCUAGAGAAUGUUCCACAGGAAGCUGAGACUGAAAAAGUAGAUAGUACUUCUAGUAUAAAAGAAUUUGAAUCAAUCACAACUGUCGAAUCUAUAUCGUCCACUCGCAGUGAUCUAAAAGAAAUAACAGAACAGGCAGAAACUAAAGUAACUACUGUUCCGGUUAAAGACAUUACUGAAACAAUAGAAAAAGACGUUUCAUCUACUUCUGUUGCUGCAGAUAAGACAACUCUAGAGGCUGAUAUCGAGAAACCAAUUAAAACCUCGAUAUCUCCCUUCACAGAAUAUGAAUUAACAACAACAACCAUGAAACCUAUAACAUCCACUCCAAGUCAUGUAAAAGAAAUAACAGAAAAGCCAGAAGCUGAAAUAACUACUUCAUCAGCUACAACUCUUACUGGAGCAACUGAGGAAGCUAUUUCAUUAACUUCUGUUAGUGUAAAGACAACUCUACAGGGUGAAAUUGAAAAAGAAAUUGAACCAUCUGUUACUCCUAUCAAAGAUUUAGAAUUAAUCACAGUGACAAGUAAAGUUGCAUCUUCCACUUUAAGUAGUGUAGAGAUAGCAACAGAAAGCGUGGAGGCUGAGCAAACUACUGGGCCAGAAGAAUUAACUAAAACAACAGAAAAAGAUGUUUCACUGACUUCUAUUGAGAUAGAGAAAAUCACACAAGAAUCAGAAGCUGAGAAAGCAGCUGACACAUCCGUUACACCCAGCAAAGAAAUGGUGUUCACAGUAGCAACAAGCAAACCUACAGUUUUCACUCCAAGUGAUAUAAAAAAAUUAACAGAAAAAGAAGAAGCUGAAAUAACUACUAUUGCAGUUCCUCCUGUUGAUGUAGAAAAAACAACUCUAGAAGUCGAAAUUGAGAAAGCAGUCGACACAUCGACUACUUCCCUCAAAGUAUCUGAAACAACGAUAACGACCAGCGAACCUGUAUCAUCCACUUUAAGUAUUGCUGAUGAAAUAUCAGAGAAAGCAGAAAGUGUAAAAACAGAAGAACCAUCCAUUGAACCAAGUAAAGAAUUUACGGAAACCACUGAGAAGGCUGUGUCAUUAACUUCUUUUGCUGUUGAGAAGAGUACACAGAAAGUUGAUACCGAGAAAAUAAGUGAAACUACUUCCUUUAAGGAAGUGGAAUUAACUGAAACUACUAGCAUACCUAUAUCUUCGACCUCAAGUGAUGCUAAGAAAGCAACAGAAAAGAUAGAAGAGAAACAAACUACUACACCAGGAGAAGAAUUUACCGAAGAAACCACAAAAGCCAGUAUAGUGACUUCAGUUAGUACAAAAACCACAGAAGAUGCUGAGAUCGAGAAAUCAGUUGAAACAUUGGCUACUCCUUUAAGAGAAUUUGCAGCCACAACGAUAAGUGAAAUUGCAUCAACUACUCUAAGUGGUGUGGAAGAAAUAACGGUAAAGAUAGAAGCAGAACAAACCACCACUUCUAGAGAAAGAUUGACCGAAAUAACCGAAAAGAGUGUAUCAUUGACUCCUACUAGUGAAACGAAAACAACAGGAGAGUCAACAACUGAAGAAGCAAUUAAAACAAAGGAUACUCCCCUGAAAGAUUUUGAGUCCACUUCUACGUCUGUCGAACUCGUUUCUUUAACGACUGAAAGUGCAAAAGAAAUAACAGAAAUGGCAGAAGCUGAAAAAGUUACAUUUACCAAAGAAACGGAUGAAGCCAUGUCAGUGACUUCCAUUGAUGUAGAGAGAACCUCUUCAGAAGCUGAAAUCGAUAAAGAAUUUGAGACAUCUGUUACUGACCUCAAAGAAUUAGAAUUAACCGCUACGACCGACAAACUUGUACCAUCGACUCCAAGUGACUUAGAAGAAAUAACUGAAAAGGAACAAGUAAAAAUGACUACCAUUUCAGCUAAGAAAUUUACUGAAGCAACCGAGAAAGCUGUACCAUCGAUAUCUGAUGGUGCAGAGAAGACCACAUUAGCUGUUGAGGUCGAGAAAGCAACCGAAACAUCUGCAACGCCUACUAAAGAAUUGAAAAUUUCUGAAACGACCAGAGAACCACCUGUAGACACUUCAAGCCAUGAAAUGGAAAUAACAGAAAAAGCGGAAGCAGAAAUAACUACUGCUCCAACGGUAGACUUUACUAAAGCAACAAAGGAUGUUAUUUCAUUAACUUCUGUUUAUGUAGAAAAGACAACUGUAGAACCCGAGAUUGAGAAAGCGGUUGAAACAUCGACUUCUCCCACCAAAGAAUUUGAAUUAACUACAACGACCAAAAAACCGGUAACGUCCACGCUAAGUUCUGUAAAAGAAAUAACUAAAAAGGAUGAAGCAAAAAUGACAACUCUUCCAACUGAAGAAUUUUCUGAAGGAACUGAGAAAUCUGUAUCGUUAACCUCUUUUACUGCAGAAGAAACUACACAAAAGACUGAGAUCGAGAAAAAAGUUGAAACACAAACAACUCCCAUCAAAGAAUUUGAAUUAACCACGGGAACUAGUGAACUUCUUUCAUCCACUGUAAGUAAUAUUGAAGAAAUAUCAGAAAAAGCAGAGGGAGAGAAAACGAAAGAACUAUCUACAGAUCUAAGUAAAGUAUUCACGACUGCAACUGAUAAAACUAUGUCAUCAACUUCUGUUGAUAAAGAGAUGACCACUAUGGAAGCUGAGAUCGAAGAAGUUGGUGUAACAUCUACUACCGUUUCAGAUUUGGAAUUCAAUAUUACCACAGGUACGCCUGUAUCUUCCACUCCAAGCGUUGUUGAAAAAAUAACAGAAAAGGCUGAAGGGGAAAUAAUUACUGCUCCCGUUGAAGAAUUUACUGAAGCAACUAAAGAGGCUGAUGUCCCAAUUUCUGUUGGAGUCGAAAAAACUACACAAAAAGCUGAGAUAGAGAAAACCGAUGAAACAUCAGUUACUCCUUUCAAAGAAUUGAAGGUAACUUUAACGACCCAAGAAGUUGUAUCAUUUACUCCGAGUGAUAUAGAAAAACUAACCGAAAAGGCGGCAGAAGAACAAACUUCUUCAGAAACCGUUACUUUGGAAACAGAACACCGAACGACGCCCGUAACAGAAAAAUCAACUAAACAUUUUACAAUAGAUUCCUCAGAAAUAUCCGCAUCUGGAGAAGAAAUGGACACUUCAAGAUAUUCAGACAUAUUUACGGAUCAUAUAACUGCUGAGACAGGUUCCUCUUUUGACAUAUUAGACUUAAAAAGGAAGACAGAAACGACAAGUUUCUCGGAAGGCACGAAGACAUCCGUAGCAGUUUCAGAUGAUAUUUCUCUGGCUGAAAUCUCUACUACUGAAAUUCCUGUAUCCAAACAAUUAACAGGAAAAGAAACGUUGACAACAAUCUCUGAGGUUUUCGUUACUAAAAUAGCCGAAAAGGAGGAAAGUAUUGUUCCUACAAGUGAAGAAUUGCCUAAGAGUACUACUGCAACUGGGGCUGCGGAUGAAACAAAAUUUGUAACUUCAGAAACAACUAUUCUUGCGACAUCGGUUAAAGAUAUUGAAGCAGAUAGAAAGGCUACAGAUGAAGCAAAAAGUAGUUUGUCAGAUGUAUCACUAACUACUGCACUGGCAAUUGAGAAUCAAACGUUUUCCACUACUACUUCAACAAUAACAAUGAGUGAUACUUCUAUGAAGACAGAAUUCACUUUAACAACUCUUCCAACGAUCAAAUCUGGAGAAAGUGCUGACGAAGCUUUUGAAUCACAAACUACUACCUUUGUUCCUGAGAAGACUGAAACAGGAUUAGUAGAAUCGUCAACUUCCGCAUUUACGGCAUCAUUAGGGGAAAAAGUGCAAACUCUUACUCCAACAGAGCUAACGAUAAGCGAAUCAAAAACACCUUUUAUAACUACAGAAAUAUCCGGUAUAAAGGAAUUUACUUCUGAAAAAUCAGAUACGAUUGCAGAAGAAACAGUUACUAAAUCAACUUUUGAAUCUUCGGAACUUACUGAGAAAUCUGAAACAAAAGAACUACUUAUAUCAAAGGGAAUUUCCAGUGAAUCAACAACUAUAGAAGUCAUUCCUGAGAAGUUGCCAACAACAGAAAGUUCCACUUCUUCCGAUUUAUCUCAAGUUUCUGAAAAGGAUGAUUCGAAAAUACCAGCAGAAACCGAAAGAGGAGAAGAUAUAUCCCCAAUUUUGAAAGAAACCACUUUGUCCGAUGUCAUCGUUACUUCAACAAUAACGACAGAGGUACCGGAAAAGAGUGAUAUAACUACAUCAUUUGAAAGUAAAGAAACAAAAGUUACAACUGAAAUUUCUGAUGAAAAAAUGAAAGAACAAAUUUCUACACUUGGAGCUGAUAAAACGGAUUUAACUGCUGAAAUUUCAACUCCUGGAAUAAAAGAUGUUGUUACUGACAUUAAAUUCGGUACAAGUUCAACAGAAGUAGCUGAAUCUGAAUCAUCAACUGAGCAUAUUUUUGUAGAUAAAACUACGACAGCAGAGCCUCAAAUAGAAACAUCUAGUUUAAUUACUGAUAUGACACAGGCAAAGGAAGGCGAGAAGGUUGUUACGGACGAAUCGACAUUGGAAUUUGAUAAGAAAAUCUCCACCGUAUCGGGAGAGAUCACAUUAUCAUCAUCUACCUCCUAUACUACUUUGGAAGCUGAGGUGACUACACAUGAAACAUUUGCAUCGAAAUCAUCCAUCAGUACCGAAAUGCCAGAAACUGAGGGCAUAUCAAGUACAAGUGUUCCUCCAACUUUGAGUUCAAUGAAAACAUCAGAAUUUACAGAAACUGUAACUACAGAACGAGGAACUUCAAUCAUUGAUAAAUCUAUAUUCGAUUUGGGCGCAGAAUCGCAACAAACUAGCACUGGCCAGGGAACAACGGAAUCUAUUGUUCUUUCAGAUAAAUCUGCACCAAAAGAAACAACUACAUCAGAGAAAUCGACGGCAUCAGACACAUCGCUUGCAUUUGAUUUAUCUACUUUAUCAGAAGAAACAGAUGUAGUUUCAGAUGAAACAACUAAAUUAGAGGUAACUGCGAGUGAAGGAAUGAAAACGUCGGAAAGCAUAGAUACUGCCUCUGUCACUGAUUUACAAAAAACUACAGCUACGUUAGAAGAAACAACAGGCAGUUUGGAAAUAAAGGACUUUUCAGAUCAAUCGGUUAAACCUAUUUAUAUAUUAACUACAAAAGAAACAGACCAUUCGGUAACGCCAAUUUCUGUUGUCACUGAAACUACAGAAAUAUUUUCAGUCAGUGAACAACAAGCUGAAAUAAGCGAAAAAACUGCAACAGUGAUAUCUGAAUCCCCAAAAAUUACUGAAUUUGAGACGACCACUACAUUAGAAGCUUCAAAAGUCACUUCUGAAAGUGCGGAUACAAAACUGACAACUACAACAGAAGAAUAUGAAGAAUCUGAAGGUACUCCCAGUAAAGAAACUGAAAAAUCAAUCACGAAAAAAGAAAGUGAGGAAGAUGAAGAAAUAUCUACGAAGAAGCCAAUAACAAAAGCCUUUUCAGAAACUGGUACUGCUGCCACAUUUACCCCAACAAAAAUCCCACUAACAACACCAAAAGAAGAUAUUUCUAAAGAAAGCGAGACAAGUUUUACGACUGCGAGUACCGAAAAACUUCCAGAGAAACUGAGUAGUAUUACUGAAUCUUCAUCGAUAUCAACUGAAAGCAUCACUAUUUCUGAUGAAUCUUUAGUAUCAAAGCAAUCAACAUUUGAACAAAUUACUGAAUCUCCUAAACAAAUUGCAGAUGAAGAGGAAAAAACGAGUGAAACAGGAUUUACAUCAAAAUCUCAUGUUACCGAGACACCAGAGGGAGCAAUAACACAACAAACAAAGCUUGCCGAGAAGGAUACAAAGCCGACCACACUUUUGAUAAUGUCUACUACAGAUGCGUUCUCUCAAACAGAUUUGUCUGAAAGCACAACAAAAUCUAUUACAUUCAGACCUGAUAUUACAACAGAAAUUCAAGAAUCUGAGGAAACUACAAUUACGCCCGCUGUUUCUCUCAAAACAGAAACCUCAACAAUAAAAGCUAAACCUGAAUAUACGGAAGAGAUGGUUACUAAACUUCCUUCAGAUACGACUGAAGCUGAAAGGAUUGCUGAUAUAACAACACCUGCAUCUUUCCAAAUUUCUGGAAAGGCAGCAUCUACAGCUGAAGUUAAAGAAAUUGAGGUUUCUACUCAGCCAGCUGCUGUGACAUCAAAAGAAUCAACCACAAUUUUAUCUACUAAAUCUGAAAUUACAGAGGAUACAAUCAGUGUUUCGAAGCAGACAGAAAUUAUUAAACCCUCAGAAAUAUCUAUAGUUUCUACUACUGAAUUCACAUCUACAACUUUAGAAGCUUCCGACAAGACAACUCCUGUGAAAGUAACUGGCCUUGAUAUUGAGGAAAUUAGCCAUGCAGAGGAUACUAGUAUUACACCAGUUUCAGAAACAGAAAAGGAAACUCCAAAAGGAACGAAAUUUAGUACUGUCACAGUUGAAUCAGCAAGUAGCAUUGCUUCAACAAAAUUAUUCGAAAAGGAAUUAACGACAUUCAAAUUGAGUGAUGCAGAAACCACCACCUCUCUCCGGCCAGAGAAACCAGUGGAUGUAACAGAAACUCCAACUGUCAAAGAAACAUCUUUAUCAUCUGAUACAACACCAGUAACAGAAAUUGGCACGAAGGCUUCUAUAACAGAGAGCAAAAUAAUCUCUGAUAUUUCUGGUACAAUUUAUUCACAAGAGCUGACAACUUCCGGUCCAGUAGAAACAACAAUGCUAGGAGAAACUUCUCGAUCAAAAGAAGUAACAACUGCUGAAAUAGACACUUUCAGUGAGAGACAAAAAGAAAGUACAGAAAUUGAAGCUGUUACUAAAGUUACUUCGCUUGAAGAGGAAAUGGCAACAAGCACAAUAUCAAUUGACUUUGAAAAAGAAACUGAUGUAGUUACCCUUUAUGAUGAAGAGCACCUAACUACAAAAGAAGAACUAGAGCCAAAGAUCCCAUUAUCCACUGUAGAAACUGUAAAACCUGGCGAAGUCACAGCUGAACAGAAAACUUCUAUAUCAAUAUUCGAUUUGCAGACUACCACUACAAGUGAAACGAAACGGUUUGAUGAAAAAGAAUUAACUACGUCGAAGAUCCUUGGUGCAGAAUUUUCUACAUUAAAACCCGAACAUAUAUCCGAAACUGUGGAUCUUUCAGAAAAAUCUGCGAUUACAACACCUAGUACUCUUAUCACUGAACAUGAGGAUCUUAGUAAAACUGAAACUUCAAUUGUAGUGGAAGAUACAAUUCAGAGUAAUAGAACAUUUGCAGUAGAUUCCAUGGUUGUUGCACAUUCAACUACACCUAUCAGUGAAUCUACAACAGAAACUGCUGAAAUAAUGAAGGAAAAAACUAAUGCAACAACAUUACAUGGUAAAUUUGACGUUUCAGAAGACUUAUUAAGUACUACUAAAAGCAUUACACAUACUACAUCUGAUCUACUGGAUGUGUCGACUCAAAAGGGAUUGUCUGUAUCACAGACAUUUGAAAGUAGUACUAUUGAAGUAACGACAAUUGAAGCGGAAACGGAAGCUUCAAAUACGGAAAAAUUAGAAGAGUUUAAAGGAAAAACUACAGUAAAAGCAGAAGUCGCCCAAACCUUGUCAUCUGCUGUUCCCAGUCUACCUACAGAAAUUGCCGAUGAAAUAAGUAAAUUAUCUACAGAGAGUACCGAUGAAGAACUCCCUGAGGAAGAAACGAAAUCUCAUACUGAAUCACCAUCUGAAAUAUCUAGCACUUCUAUGAUAACGAAAGAACCUUCAACUAUAGAAGCAGCUGCGGAAACUAUAACAUUUGAACAUACCACAGAAGGUCCAGUGACAAAAACAUCUCUGUCUAAAGUAAGCGAGACUUCUCAGACUACAGAGGAAUCGUCAUCUGCCAGUUCAGUAGAAGAGGAAACAACCACUCAUACCGAACUUAAAACUCCAUCAGUACCAUCUAAAAAGGGAGAGGAAGAUAUAUCUGAUGAAAUUCUCAAGAUAACUAGUUCACAAAUGUCUUUCGAAUCCGAAACAACUCAGGAGCCUAGAACACCAAUCACUGUUGAAUCAGUAACAUCAGGACAACCUUCUUUCACUUCUAAAGACAUUUUUGAGAAAAUAACAACACUUUCCGAGGAGUUAAUUACAGACAAGGUAUCUGAAACUAUUAAAGAAAUAACAGAAACAGUGACCGAAUCUUCAAGUAUUUCCACGAAAGAAGAAACUCAUGAUCGCAGAGAGUUUUCUACGGCUGGAGUAAAAGAAAGCACUUCUCCAACUAUGGGAACUACACUUUCUGAAGAAACAUUUGAAACAUCAACUCUUAUUUCCCCAGAAACAAUUAAACCUGAUUUGGAGAGAACUACACCGAAAGUGGCGGAGGAACAUCCACAGCCUGAAACUCCAAUAACUUUGACUGAAUUUUCCAUUUCCAGUAGUGAAACUACAAUCAGCACACAUUCUACUACAAUUUCCCUUGAGAAAGAAGAAACACGAGAUAUUGAAAGUCAAGAAGGAGAAGAAAAGCAUGAAGAAACAAGCUCAUUAUUAGAUGAGUCACUAACAUCGUCUACUAUUGAAACUAAAAUUACAUCUCAGCCCCCAGGUCCUGUCACUGAAUCUACAUCUUCAACGGCUACUACGACUCCGGAAGCAGUAACUGAAGCAUCUACUUAUUUAGCAGACAAAACUAGAAUAACUGCAUUUGAUGAAAUAGAAGUCAAAUCUACGACUGCUCAGAUUUCAACAGAAGAUAUCGGUGAAGCUGAAGUUACAACUGCAGAGAAAAGUGAUUGUUUUAUAAAUGGAACUUCCUACAAAGAUGGGGAACCUAUUUUGACUCUUGAACCCUGUGAAAAAUGUCAUUGUGCUUCUAGUGAAAUUAUCUGCUUCAAAAUUGUUUGCAAAAUUCCGAAACGAGGCUGUAUUCCAGAUACAGUUAAAGAACAUGAAUGCUGUCCAACCUCAUAUAAAUGUCCUACCGAAGAGGAAGCCACAGAAAUUGUGACUGUUGGAACAGCAUCUGUAACUACAAAGGAUUUGACUACACCAAUUCCAAUCAGCUUUAUGUUUUCCACUGUACCAACAUCCAUUUCCACAGCCACUCUCACUUCAAAAUCUGUUGAUGCAGAAGUUGAGGAAAAAGCACCUGCAGAUAAAGAGACGACACCAACUAAGAUCCCUCCUUCUUCCACAUUACAUAUAACUGAAGGCACUUCUCCAAUUACAGGCGAGCAAACGACAUCUAAAUAUCCCGUGGAUGCUACUGCUUUUACUGUUGGCACAUCAGAAGAAAUUUUAGAUAUUUCUAAAUCACCUUCAACCUUUAAAACAAUAGAAAUCACCACUGAAAGCAGCCAAUCUACAAUCAUUGAAAGUAUUCCUGAAAUAAAAACUGAAGAGCCAACAGUUGAUCAAAAACAAGACGUCACAGUUAGAGAAUUUAUUGAAAUAACUACUAAAUCUACCGAUGAGGGUUCGAUCAAAGAAUUUUUAACAACUGUGGAAACUGACAAGAAAUAUACAGAAGAAAAGAGUUCUGAAACUGAACUAAUAACUGAAAGAAGACAUCAACCUGCAGUCGCAGCUGAUGAAGAGAUCACAACGGUUUCGUUGACUUCAGAGAAAAAGAAAUUGACUACUCCGGCUUCUACAGCUGGUACAUCAACUGUAAGCGAAUUCACUUCUACUUCUCAUUCUGAUGAAAAGGUGAAAGAAUUUGAAUUAGAAACAACAACUGCGGAACCUUCAUUUGAGGUAGAAACGAAGUCAGCAGAGCCUGCAUUAACAGAUGAAGAAGAAAAGAUUACAAGAAUCUCAUCUACUACGGAAGAAAAGAAAUUAGAAAUAUCAGUCGCAGCAUCAACCACAACCAGUUUGCCAACUGUUAGUGAGAAUAUUUCUGUUCCCCUCACCGAUGAAAAGACCACAAAGGCCCAGUUAGAUAUAAUAACCAAGGAACCUUCCUUUGAUGUAAAAAUUGUAUCCACAGAAACUACUGUAGCUGAGGCAGAAGUGACUGCAUUAGAAGAGAGAGGUUCCACAGCGAAGCCCAUAGUCGUUAGUGAAUACUCAACUCCAGAGGAAUUAAAAUUUGUGACAGAACAAAUUACAACAAAGGAGGAACGGAAAACAAUAUUUACUACAGAAACUACUGAAAUUGGAACUUUCAGCUUUAGCCCUAUUACAGAUGAGCGAGAUAUAAAAACAACAAAGAGUUCUACACUAGAUGAAGCCACUAAAGAACAACUUUAUGACAGGACUGAAAAAUCUGAAACUGGUAUAUUCACUGGCACUGAGCCUACUGUAACAUACAAAGUAUCCCCCGAAGAAAAAAGUACAAAAAUUAUGCACGAUGUUACAGAAUCAAUAACAAUUACUUCUGAAUCUGGUGAAAGUUCUUCAGUAGAUCUGAAAGAAAUCGAAGAGGAAUCUACAAUCCCAACUUUGGAAAGCAAAUUACCCUCUAUUAGUUUUGAAUCGACUGUUGAAAGUAAAACCUCAGAAACAACUAAAGCUUCUGUUCCUGAUGUCACUUCUAAAUUCGAAAGCACUGAUCAGUUCAAAGACACAGAAAGUACGGAGAAAGAGACACCUCUUUCUGUAGAAAAAUUAUUUACUAAAGAAAAGACUACUCCAACCACUGAGAUUAAUUUGACAAGUGAAAGCACUGAAACUUCUGCGGUUGAAACCAUAUCAGAUAAGGUUACAAAACUGCCAUCUACUGCAAGUGAAGAAACUAAAGUAGAGAGUAUUACUCCAUUUACAGAAAGUACAAUGUCUUCUGUUAGUUUUGUAUUUACCACUGAAGAAAGGAUCAAAGAAGCAGAAGAAAUCGACAGCUCAAGUAAAGAGCCUGCUGUUGAAUUAAAAACGGAAUCUGUUUUAACUGAAAAAGUGACAGAAUUUGAAGCAAUUACUCCAACUGAAACUUCUGCUGAAGAGAAAGUAAGGACUGAAAGCGAAUCAGCAAGCGGAGUUACAGAGAAAACGUCACUCGCAACUGAAUCUGACGAUAUAAGUGUUACAGCUUUUACACCAGAAAAAACGAAAUCAGAAACAACAGUUGAAAGUACAGCAUCAACGAUUAGCUCAUUCAGUUCUUUAUCCGUAUCGCCUGAAAAAAGUACGGAGAAAAUCGAUGAAGUAGAAGUACAAUCGACUGAGAAAGUUUCGUCGGAAGUUACAACUAAAUCUGCAGGAGUUGAAAAGUUUACUCAGGAAACUGAUGUAACAGGAAAAACAACAACUUUGGAACCAGGCAAAAAGAGUACUACAAUCAGUGAAGAAUCAACUGAAUAUCCUAAAACUAAAGAAAUAGCUAUCGAAGCAGAAGCAGAAGCAGAAGCCACUGAGACAAUUUCAUCAGAAGUAACGACCAAAUCUGAAGAAGUUCAAGCAGUUACUCAGGGAACUGCCUUUACAGAAAAAAUAUCUGUCACAGAAUCAAGCACUAGAGUUAGUGAAGAAACAGAUAUGUCAUCGUUUACUAUAGAAGCUGGUAAGAUAAUAACUACGAUACCAGUUGUAUCAGAUAAAGAGAGUGAGGUGAAGUUAACUACUCAAGUUUCAGAAGCAAUAACCUCACCAACAAUCACCGUUACACCUAAAUUUAUCCUCGACUCAUUGAAAACAUCAGAAACCAAGAAAUCUGAUUUGACAACAUCAACUGAACAGACAGAAAUUUCAAAAGAGACUCACAAAAUAGAAGUUGAAUCUACAACUAAAAUGGCAGAAAUUUCGGAUGUAGAGACAUUCUCACAUUCUACAACAUUAAAACCAGAAGAGUCUACCAAAAUUUCAGAAAUGACGAGUUCUACCUCAGUUCCAGCAAAACUGCCGAAAUUAGAAGAUUCAAUCACGAGUACUGUAACAAUACCUGUAGAUAAAUCUUCAUCAACUGGAAAAGUCGAAACUACGUUAUCUACACAGAAAGUAAGCGACAUUGAUAUAACAACAGUAGAAGAAAAACAUACAUUUGAAGACCAAGUGACAACUAUGCAUGCUGAACUUACAAGUGAAGAAUCAGUAACUGGUAUUUUAGGAGAAGGUUUGAUAGAUGAUGGAAUAAAAUUUGAUAAAGAGUCAAUAAUUACAACUAAGAAAGCUGAAACUUCUGAGAGUACAUCUGAAAUUUCUUUCCAGAAAACGGAUGUAACGAAGGCUUUUAAAGCAGUUCCGGAAACAACAGAAGAACCUCUAACAACUUCUACUUUUAAACCUACAGAGCCAAAAGAUACAGAAAUAUCAGAAAAAUAUCUAAUAGAUACCGGUGAUAAAGUACAGUUUACUGAUACUGCAAGUACUGACUUCACAAGUUUUGAAGAAAAAAGUACUAAACCAAUUUUCGAAACUACUGCGUUUACGGAGAAGACCACACCAUCCCAAGAAGAUGAGUUUAGUGAGAGCAUAGAAUCAUUUACAGAAAUAAUUCAAACAAAUCAGACUGUUCCUAGCUUGUCAAAGGAAAGUACUCCAUUCUUCGAAGAUGAGCACAAAGUUAGUACUAUCGGUGUUACCAAACCUGAUAUUUCUGGGAAAGAAAUGACAACGCAUUUGCAACAAACUUCAAAAUCUGAAGAUGUGCAAGAAGGGGAAACGAGCUUUCAACCUAAAAUUACUACUACUAUUGAUCAGACUAAAACUACAGAUGAAAUAUUCAAAUUUGUUUCUACUCGUUUCACAGAUGUUGUAAAAGAAACAAAAUCAACAACUGAAGGAUUAUUUGCUGAAGUGUCUGUGCCAUCCACAACCUCCGAAUUCCCAACUGUUCUUAAAGAAUCAUUUACAACAAAAGGGCCAGCUAUUAAGGCUUUAGAUCAAGAAAUAAGUACAUAUUUGCCUGUUGAAAGUCAGACAACUCUCAAAGAAAUGGAAAUAUUAGGAAAAGACGAAUUAGUGACGAAAGCAUUAGUAGAACCAACUCCUUCCAUCGAACUAACUGAUGUAACAAGCGACAUGUUUGCAACUAAAGAGGAAAAAGGAAGCACAUCGGAAACCCAAACAAAGGUACCAGAACUGAAAUUAUUAACAGAAAUGACGGGAGAAGUAAAAGACACCUCUAAACCAUUAGUUGAUCAAACAUUAUCACCAGAAAUAUCUGCAAGUGCGGAACCAGAAAAUAUUACUUCUAGUACUCAAACAUCAUCACUGUUAAUAACGUCCUCAGUAAGUGAUAAAGUAGAUAUUGCUGCCGAAGAAGAAGUGGUUACUGAGCAAGGUCUAAAAUUAUCUACCUUGGUGACCGAACAACCAAUUGUAUCAACUGAAAGCGCAGAAAAAGUUACAGAAGCAAGAAAACUGACAGAUAUUUCACAAGAAGGUGUAUCAACGACCAUUGAUUUUAAGGAACCAUUUACCAUCUCAACUACAAUUUCUGAUGAAUUUAUUGCAAAAGAACAAACAGAAGCAAAAUUAUUAACAAAAUCUACAUCCUUACUAGAGGAGACAAGUAAGUUGUUUGAGGUAUCAAGUAUAACUACUCCAACACAUGCUGCUAAAACAACAACAGACUCAAAAGCAGAUGAACAUCUGUUAACUACUCUCGUACCAAGACAAACCGAAGACGCGAUUUCUAGUCAGACGAUAUUCGAUAAGACAGUUACUGCUUCAUCAUCUGCAGAAACUGAGCCAUCUGUUUCCACAGAAUUCCCACCUUCCACCACCUCGGUUGAUUUGAAAUCUGAAACAUUAACGACAUUCAAAGUACCGUCGAUGACAGACGAAACUGAUAUUGAAGCUAAAAUUGCUUCUCUAACUCCAUUAAUAAAAUUAGAUCUUUCUAGUACAAUAUCUUCUUUAAUAACUACUACAGUAGAAGAAUUAUCUCCUUCAGUAAAAGACCAAAAGUCAACAGCCUCAGUGUCUGAAGAUGAAAUAAUUACCAAAGAAUCAGAUAUGAUGACAACUUCUAGACCACUUAUUACUGGAAAAGAAACUGAAAUUUCUUCAGCUGAAGCUACCUCAAGCCCUAUUAUUCGACCUGAAACAGAUAAAGAGACCACUUCAUCAGAGGAGAGUGGAAUCGGAGCUGAAAUUGCAGUAUCAUCUACCACUGAAACUGCAAUUACUAAACAUGAGCUAUUAGAGAACAUUACUGAACUUCAAACAGAAAGUGAAAGUGAAACAUCCUCGAAGUCUGUGACUGACUUAUUAUCUGAAGUUUCAGAGACAUUUACUCCGACACCAAAGGAAUCAUCUAUCCCAGAAGUUGCUGAAGAGUUGUCUACUAAAUUCAUAACAUUAGCAGAAGAAGCACAAACUACUCAAAAAAGUCCUGAGCCGUUUUCACCAAAAGUAACUGAAUUACUGUCACCGACAAUAUCUGAAGCUCCACCCACUGUUGAAAUACCUACUGCCAAAGAUCUUGCAUCACCCACUCAAAAAACAGCUGAACCUUCUGUUCAAAAAUCUACCGAACUGCCAACCAAAGGAUUCAAGGGUAUAGAAACUACUCCUCUGCCACUAAUGACAACGUUAGCAGCUGCUGUUGUCAACGAAACAACUUCUACUGAUGCGGAUUACGUUGUAGACGAAGGAGCAUGCAUAUUUGAAGGACAAAUCUACCAAUCUGCCGAACAAAUCGUACGAGCUGAUCCAUGUGAAUUCUGCUUCUGUUUUAGAGGUGAUAUUAUAUGUUUGCAGCAAUCCUGCCCACCUCCUGCACCCAACUGCCACAGAACGAUGAUACACGGAUAUUGUUGUCCAAGAUAUGAUUGUCCUGUGCUUGUAACAUCACGCAACAUCAGUGCUCUCUCACGCCGGAAAGGUCAAGUACAACCUAUUAUCAUACAAAGACGAAUAGAAAAGAGAGCCAUAGAGAGGACUCCAAUGGAAGUGAAAGGUUGCCAGAUCAACGGAACUUUCUACGAAUUUGGCCAGACUGUAGCGAAGGCAAGCGGGCCUUGUCUUCAUUGUUUGUGUGAAAACGGUGGCAACAUGCGAUGCGAUCCAUUGAAAUGCACACCUCAGGAACCAUUACUAAUGAAAAUGAACAAAAGAUUUUUCAAGACGAGGAGAUAACGGAAGAGUUAUUCUAUAACAGUAUUUUGCCAUUUUAAAGAUUGGACAGGAGAAAAAAAUUGAUUGAGUGAAAAAAAAAGUUAUUAUUCGUUGAAUCGCAUGAACAGAUCAUCGAUUAAUUAUUUCAUAGAUCCAACGACAUUUGAACGUUCUUUUCUCUUCUCUAGUUCCUGCGCUGCUUUUGGUGCUUCAUCAGUAUUUCAUUUCGUAAUGAACCAUUUCUCCUUCGGGGAAAAUGAGUAUCGAAUCCAGUUUACAAACUUUUUGAAGAUAUCAGAAACUACCGACACUAGUUCAGGCCCUAAAAGUUUGUACCAGACUCUCAUCAGAAAAUGCUAAUAAUUCUCUUUCUUCGCUGAACAAAUAUCCCAAUGUGUCUUAACAUUUGAUAUCAAGAGAGAGAGUGGUUUUAAAGAAAUUUAGAGGCACAAAUGGGUGAAUAGGUUGAGGGAAGAUUGUUAAGCAAAAAAUAAACUAAAUUUCGGCCAGUGUGCGGGUGGUUACAAGCCAUGCAAGUAGUCAAACAUUUGUGUUUUAUUUAUACUUUCUGUUUGUCUCUAAAAAUGGUGAUCGAUUACUCAUACUUCUAGAGAAGAUUUGUGGCUGUUUUAGACGUCUGUAUGGAAUUACCGUAGGUAAUUCCACUUACAGACAAUGAAUCGAAAUAUUUAUUUUGUAAAGAUGAGUGAGAAUUAUAUAUGGAGGGUCUCGUAUUACAUUUCAGCCACGAAUCUUCUCAAAACGUGUAUCUGUUGUUGGUGUUUGAGUCCUUAUGUCCUGCUGCAGUUUUUUCUUUUUAUUCCUGGUAUUAGUGAGGUUUUGGUAAUCGUAGGCAAAUGAAAAUGGUGCCAUAACACGACGCUGUUUUAGAUAUGAAGUUGAAAAAAAAAUGAUAAAACACGCUCGCUUUUUCAAUUCUAAGUUAUUUUGAAGUUCAGUGUUUUCAGUAUUGUUUAAACAAUAUAUCGAAUUCCAUAUAUCUGAAACAUUCAAGAGUUUUGAAACAUCUAUUUUUUUAAAUCAUAUUUACAUCUAUAACAUGUGUUUAUAUACAUUGAUUCGGUGAGAUUUAUUUAAAUUUUUGCUAAAACUUCAUUUUGCUUUAUUAAGUUUAAGCAAUAUCAGAAUUUUAAAAAAUCUUUAAAUUUGAUAUUCAAGUUUAUAAUAAAAUUUUUUAUCAUUUUUUAAAAAAGUAGUGUGAAAGUAAAAAUAAGUACGUCAUCGAAAAUAGAAAUUAUGUAAAUAAAUGAAUCUCAUGUUUCUAAUUUUGAUUUUAAUUUUAAAGUAAUUUUUUUCAUCUCUUCAUUGCUUUUUAAUAAAAUUUUUCUUGCAUAAUUUUAUACAAAAUGUUGCAAUCAUGAUAGCAUUUUCUUAUUAUAACCAAUGUGCCUUUAAAACUGCCUGUGGUAUGAAAUAUUCAUUGCUCACUUUUAAAUUAUGAUUUAGAAUAUUCUGUAAAGAAUGAAAUUCCUCCAGCUUAUCAUUUAUACCGUCCUUAUACUGAAAAUAUGUUUGUUUGUCUUCGUAUGCGACAUGUUGGGAAAAGAAUUCUUGAUGUUAAUCGCUAUGUUUGACAACUUCAAGAAAACUUACGCAUAUAUUUUAUUUAUGCUUUUAGAUGGAGUUGUUUCACAUCCCGAUUGACAUAAGUGUAAUAUAUUUUUCUAAUAAACAUUUCAUGUCUGUCAAUAUAACUAUUUAUAAAUGAUUAUUUUUUGUUUGCGUUUAAAGUUAAUUUAAUUGCAUAGGAUAUGUUUAUUGAA